AGCUUCCUGUUUCGCCGUUAAUAUAAACUGCACGCGUCACAGACAACAUUUUAUUUGACGAAGUCAAUGAAAUGGCAGCGACAAUACAUUUGUUCUUGUUCCUCCUGCUCCGGUACCUGAGUCCGUGUAGUUCUGAUACUUACAGCGUGAAGAUAACCACAGAGGAGCAUGUCAAUGUGGUGGACACGAGGUUCCUCAGCUUCACUGUAGACCCCAAGUAUUUGUUUUCAAGCAGUGACAAGUAUAGCAGCAAAGAAUGCAUCUGCAUGGCGGCAUCACUAACACCAUCCUACCUCCGCAUAGCUGGCCCGUCCACCGCGCACAUGACCUUCCACAACACCACCAUCUCCAUCAACGACGUGAACGUCCCUGACAAGGAUCUCCUCAGGUCCACCUUCGAUAUCCUGGCCUUUGAUACUGACGUCCCUCAAAAACAAGAUGACCACCAAAUCAGGAACUUGGCAGUGUCUCAUAGGCAGUGGAGGAAGUUUGUCCAGUGGGCCAAGUCCACUGGCUUCGACCUGGUCUUCGCUCUGAACAAUGAGGAGAGAACUGCCGCUGGCAUGUGGGACCCUAACACGGCACUGAAUAUCCUGACCGUGGCUGAGAAGGUCAAGGUUGGGGAUAUCUUUUGGGAGCUGGGUUAUGAAUGUAGGAACCAGUCGAUAGAUGAAUACCUGAACGACCUUGAGACCCUCCGUGCCAUCACGGAGACCUUCCCUCCCGGUCGCACGGAACAGUGGAAGGUAGUGGGCGGUGACGUCACCAAGUGUCUGCAGGCAGAGUCCAAGAGUGACUUCAAGGAUUACCUGACGCUGUCCAACGAUAUGAUGGAUGCUUUGCUGCUGAAUGGCAACUCUUCAUCGCAUGAACUGGAGCGAAUGACAGAGCGUGAUCGUCUGAAGCUACUGCGGUUCCUCUCUCGGAGCCAGACUCCACUCUGGUUGACGGAGACCAAUCAGAAGCAGCACAGCGACUUGGAGCGAGCUGCUGAUUGGUUGGCCAGUCUUGGAUAUUCAGCUAAAAAUGGAUUUUCUGUACAUUUUCGGGAGUUAGAGGAGGAGGAGAUGUAUGAGCCUACUCUGAGUUUCUACAUGGCACUAUUAUUCAAGAACCUGGUUGGUGAACGAGUACUGAACAUCCAGAUGGACCCAGAACCAGCAGUUCUCUUUGCACACUGUACAUCGCUGCGCCACAAGCCGGUGCCUGGCGCUGUCACUCUAUUUGGAGCGAACAUGGACAAUGAACCCGCGAGGUUCUCGCUCAAACUCUCCAAGAGGGAGGAGGGGGGUGAUAUUAUGCAGUUUAUUCUGGGAAAUGAUCAUAAUGGAAACAUAGUAGUAAACGGUAGACCCAUGUACUACGAAGGCAACAUAAAACCCAUAGUGAAAAGGGUCCAUCCAUACAAAACCCUUCUCAUCAACCUGCCAGCAAGAUCCUUUGGUUUCUGGGUACUCGCCAACACGAAGAUCGAAGCCUGCCACAAUGUGAUUGAGAAUAAAACAUUAGUUGAAGCAGAAACAGUUGAACAUGAGACGCAGAGAGUCAAACGUUCAGUUAACGAUGACUUCGAUGACUACGCACAUAUCGCCGACCUGUCAUAUGACUUUGAAGAUAUCGAUACUCAUUUACCAGGUAACAAUGCUCUUAGAAGCAGAAUCAGUGACAUGAAUAGAGACUUAGAUAAAAUUCAAGAUGUAUUCAAAAGAAAUUUGGGUCAAACAAGAUUUAAAAGGGAUAUCAGUGACUCGAGAUUUGGAAGUAGACUUCGGAAAUAUGGUUUCAGACACAGGACUAGUAAGAGAUAUGACCGUGAUAUGAAUCCGAGAACGUUUAUUGAUGAUUUCUUGGAAAGAGCGAGGCAGAGGUUAAAUGAUUUGAAGGAACUUCGGUCUAAUGUACCAAGACUAGAUAUAUACAGAAAAAGUAACAAAUAUCCGAAAUAUUCCAAGGUGAGGUCAUUUAAGUCACUGAAAGAGGACAGUCCAAUAUUUGGAGCAAAGAAUAGAAAACCAAAAACCACUAAAACAUUUACAGAAGAGAGUGAUGAAUUUCUAAAGAAGAUUAACAAGAAAAGUAAAAGUGAUGUGAGCAAGAGAACUCCUGAAACUCUGGACAGAACUACUAACAAGAAGGAAGAUAAGAAAAUAAAGUCGGACGAAGAAACAAACAUUUUGGAGUCUCUAGUGAGAAAGAGAAGGAGUGUUGACAACGCCAUCGAAGAAACAUCAGCUGACAAUGAAAUAGACCUCACUGGUAAAAACAAAGCGAAAUUAUUGAAACUACUGAAGAAAUUAGACAAAGAAUUUGGCGAAAAUUCAGAAGAACAGAUGGAAAGUGAUACUGUUUCCACUGAAGGGAUUAUUUUGAAAACUGAAGUAUCUGAUGAUAGUGCCACUAUAAGGGUGACAGACUCCAACCAUGGAAUCAUCAAGACUACCAUGAGAAGUAUGCUACACAUGUUAGAAGAUUUCAAUAAGAAUCUGAACAAAGUAUGGAAUGCUGUUAAUUUGUUAGAUGAUGAUAUACAGUGAAUAGGUUAAGUUAGCUUUAAUAUAGGUGAUUAAAAUAAUAAUUAUA